GCUUUUUUUAUUUCCCCCCUCCCGGCCAGGGGAGCUCGCUCUUCCCAGCAGCGGGAGGAGCUGGAUCUCGCCCCGGAGGAGCUGUCACCUCCCACCCGGGCCCCCACAAGCGGAAAGGCAAGAAGAGCCGCUUCAAAAUCAUCACUGGAUUCAGAUCAUCUGAAUGCUUCAGUCUGCUGGUAGCGGCCCUUCCGGCUCCGCAGCAGGACUGUGGCUGUUUCUUUAAGACUAGACUCGAACUUCUCCCACGUGGCGGGGGUGUGUGUGUGUGAAAUGAUUGCAGUUCCAGAUACAGCACUGCGUUGCUUUCGUUUCCAGCUUGGCAGAUGCCGCGAGAGAGAGGGCACAUUUAUCAGUCGGGGACGGAAACAUGGUUCUUUUCCAAAGUGCACCGAAAAGCGAUGGGAAAACUCUCCUAUAGCCAGAGUUAGCUGUAACUCUUUAUAAAACUCCUUUUAGAGCCAGAGUUAGCUGUUCAGCUUGAUAGUUACAGAAGUAGUCACUUACAAGCUAGCACAAGCGGAAUGAGAGCUGAUCACGCCCUGAAGCCUGUGAAACUUCUGGGAAGGAGAAAUCAACUACGGCAAAGAUGAAAAUUUCCUCAUUCGGCUGCAGCUCCAGAACCAGCUCCACUCAGAUGGGUUUGAUCAUUUUCCCCAUUAUUUGUCACAUCCAGAAGCUGGAAUCAGCCCAGUUCGCAGUGGUGGUCCCUGAUCAUUCGGUCACUGCUAUCGUGGGUGAGGAAUUUGUUUUACCCUGUCACCUGUCCCCCAGGAUGAACGCUCAAAACAUGGAGGUGAAAUGGUUACGACCUCAUCUCUCGUCAGUUGUGCAUCUAUACCGUGAGGGCAAGGAUCAGAAUGAGUCUCAGACCCUAGAAUAUCGGGGAAGGACAGAGUUUUUGAAAGACGGCCUCUCCACUGGGAGUGUCGACUUGAAAAUACACAAUAUCAGACCCUCUGAUGAAGGAUUGUACAGAUGCUUCAUUCGAUCAAGUACCUUUUAUGGAGGAGCCCUGCUGGAACUGAAGGUAGCAGGUUUGGGCUCUGAUCCCCACCUCUCUGUUGAGAGUUACCAGGAUGGAGGGAUCCGAGUGGUGUGCCAAUCGGCCGGGUGGUACCCAAAGCCUGAAGUGCUGUGGCGAGAUCUGGGCGGGCGACGUUUGCCUUCAGUCUCUGAAACAACAUCCCAAAGGGAUAACGGCCUGUUUGAAACGCAAACAGCUUUCCUGAUCACAGAACGUUCAAACCAGAACUUGUCGUGUUGUAUCCGGAACACAUUCCUCAACCAAGAGAGAGAAUCAACAAUUUAUGUAGCAGAUUCUUUUUUCCCCAAAGUCUCCCUGUGGAUGGUCUUUCUGUGCGUAAGCCUGGUGGUUUUGUUUGUUUCCAUUGGCCUGAGCCUCUAUCUCUGUAAAAUUAAAGAGAAACUUGUAGCAGAACUUAGAUGGAGAAGAGUCCUCACACACCCAGUGAAUGUGACUCUGGAUCCGGGCACGGCUCAUCCCCGACUCAUCGUUUCUGAGGAUCGGAAAAGUGUGAGGCAGGGAGACAUCCAGCAGGAUGUGCCUGACAACCCUGAGAGAUUUGAUUAUGAGUGCUGUGUGCUGGGCUGUGAGGGAUUCACCUCGGGUAGCCAUUACUGGGAGGUGGAGGCAGGGGAUGGGAAGUACUGGGCCGUGGGGGUGGCCAGAGCGUCUGUGAGCAGGAAGGGAGAGUUCAUGUCUAACCUAAACCCUGAGGUGGGGAUCUGGGCUGUGAGGCUGUAUGGGGGUCAGCACCAGGUUCUCACCUCCCCAAAGAUUCCCCUGACCCUGAGGCGCAGCCCCAGCAGGAUCCGGGUUUGUCUGGACUAUGAACGGGGGCAGCUGGCAUUUUUUGAUGCUGAUAACCAGGCCCCGAUCUUCACUUUCCCGCCGGCCUCUUUCACUGGAGAGAGAAUCCACCCCUGGCUCUGGGUCAGGGGGGGAUCCCAGCUCAGCCUGCGUCACUGAGGCAUGGGGGGAAAUAUCCGACUGAACUCAGAAUCCCUCGUGUUUAUGAGCUCGGAGGCUCCGUGGGGGUCUCUGGUCUGUAAACACCAUAGCAA